AUGGCUUCCCAGAACCGCGACCCAGCCGCCGCCAGCGUCACCGCCACUCGAAAAGGAGCCGAGCCCAGCGGGGGAGCUGCCCGGGGCCCCGUGGGCAAGAGGUUACAGCAGGAGCUGAUGACGCUCAUGAUGUCUGGUGACAAAGGAAUUUCGGCCUUUCCUGAAUCAGACAACCUUUUCAAGUGGAUAGGGACCAUCCAUGGAGCAGCCGGCACAGUAUACGAAGACCUGAGGUAUAAGCUCUCCCUGGAGUUCCCCAGUGGCUACCCAUACAACGCGCCCACAGUGAAAUUCCUCACGCCCUGCUACCACCCCAACGUGGACACCCAGGGUAACAUCUGCCUGGACAUCCUGAAGGACAAGUGGUCUGCUCUGUAUGACGUCAGGACCAUCCUGCUGUCCAUCCAGAGCCUGCUAGGAGAACCCAACAUCGAUAGCCCCUUGAACACACAUGCUGCUGAGCUCUGGAAAAACCCCACUGCCUUUAAGAAGUACGUGCAAGAAACCUACGCAAAGCACGCCUCCAGCCAAGAACCCUGACCCGGGCUGGCCAGCCUCUCUCCUUGUCCUGUCUUUU